AUCCCCGUCGCCGUGAGAAGCACUUGAACGUUUCCCAGGGAGGAGACGCAACGUUUACGGGCUACCGCCGGUGGCCUCGCGCGAUCGAUCAGUGGCGCCGCGGCGCCGCCGCGCUGCCUGGUCAAUCCUCCGGAUCUGCGACGAGCGGGCAUCGAUCUGAGCAGCAGCGCCGGGGAUCUUGGAGCCGCGGGAUUUCCAGAUGCGAGCGAGCGAGCGAGCUAGAGGAGCUUGCGCUCUAGGCGCCGCGCGGCCAGCGAGGGCAUUUUCAUUCUUGCCUUGUCGGUGAAGCGAACCUCUUGCCGACUGAGGAGGGAAGGAAGAACAACGCGAAAAAAGAGGAUGCCUAAGGAUGUCAGCAAUCGAUCGUCACGAAAAUCUCGCGCGCCACACUACCAUCCUUACCAGAGCUCCUCCAAAGAGUGUGGCGACGAGGCUCUAGUCUCGAAAGAAUGGGAGGACGCGACAUGCCCGAUUUGCAUGGAGAUCCCACACAACGCAGUGCUACUCCUUUGCAGCUCCCACGACAAUGGAUGCCGGCCUUACAUGUGUGACACGAGCUAUCGCCACUCGAAUUGCCUGGACCAGUACAAGAAGCUCUCGGGGAGAGGCGGCGGGCAGUGUAGCAGCCGAGGCGAGGAGGUGAUCCACGAGCCACUCUCGUCGGCCGCUGCUGGAGGACCGUCCAGCGCUAGAACUCGCGAGCGAUCGGCCGUGAGGAUGAGACCUCUCCGGGAGCUCUUGCUCAUAGGUGACAGCAACAGUAGCAGCAGCUCUAGACGAGGUGGUGGAAACAGUGGUGGUGGAAACGGUGGUCGCGAUGGGUCUGGGACUCCGGGGCGAGCUCUCAGAGGAGUUCCGGGUGUAGGGGUUGUAGAGGAGGAGGCCGAGGCGGAGGUGGCCGACUUCCAGGAGCAGCCCGAGGCGAGGGAAGCGUCCGAGGAGCAGCCGGAAGUAAGGGGCAGCUGCAGUGGAAUGGGGGAGUCACUCGACUUGAUGUGUCCUCUGUGUAGAGGCAAAGUUGUGGGGUGGAAGGUGGUGGAGCCGGCUCGGCGGCAUCUAAACUGCAAGUCGAGGAACUGCGCACAGGAGUCGUGUGGAUUCACCGGGAGCUACGACGAGCUGCGGAAGCACGCUCGGUGUGUGCACCCGUUUGCUCGGCCCUCGGACGUGGAUCCGGCCCGGCAGAGGGACUGGAGGCACCUGGAACGCGAGCGGGACAUAGGGGACGUGUUGAGCACCAUCCAGUCGGCCAUGCCCGGAGCUCGGAUCCUGGGUGACUACGUGAUCGACGAGGACAACGAUGACCAGGAAGAUGAGGGUGAUGACAAUGAUUUUCCUGGCGACGAUGGUAAUUGGUGGACAGUCUUUUUGCUUUUUCAAGUGUUUGGUCCUGUAGCAGCGACUGGAGCGACUGCAGGUGGUAGUAGCAUCCCAAGCAGGCUUAGAGGACUUUCGUCCAGGGUGGUGGCGGCGGCCGCGGCGUCGUCGGCUGCCCCGAGGGAAGCUUUGUGGGGGGAGGAUAUCCAAAUGAACCGUGUUGUUGGCGGUGACGAGGGAAGAACAGGGACUGUGACUAGUUCUUCGUCUGGAAGCGGUGGUGGAGCUAGCUCGAACUCCACUGCUGCUGCUGCUGCUGGUGAGAAUGGAGGAGAGAUUGUUGGGCCUUUGACAACUCGGAGACGACGAACCAGGCACCACCAUCAGCACCAGCAGCACCAUCACCAGCGGCAGCAGCACCAGCAGUGAAAAGUUCUUCGUCCGGAGGAGAGAUUUGCUCGUGAAGUGAUCGACAUUUGCUCGACGUCGAAGCGAGAUCGAAUUCUCGAGGUUGAGAAGUGGUUUUCGCUGGAGAGAUCGCUACUUUGCUCCAAAUGCCGAGGAGGAAAAGAUCGAGCUCGAAAGACUCUUAGAACAAUGGAGACUCGCAGGCUCUAAAUUAUCAAAAAAAAAUUUCCUCGUGGUUAAA